UUCAACCGUGUACCACUGUACCAGUGAUACCGCAACAUUCACUUGUUGAAAAUAAGAAGUAGUAAACUUUUGUAUUUUGUUGUCAGUUGUUAAAAAAUAUAUUGUGUGUUAAGCGGUAUAUUUUCGGAGACCUAAUGCGAUAAAUUCCUCAAAAUCGCAGUUUUUUUUAAGUUAUUGAAUGGAGGUCAUGACUGCAAAAUCUUUUGUCUCGUAUUUAAUUAUGAUUCCCUGUCAGAGUUAUGGUUUUACUGUGUUAAAGCCCAGAGGUACGGAAUCUACCCGAGAAGACUAUGGUUCAGUGAGUUGGAGAUCAACAAGUGUGCUCAAUCCCUGUACACAUUGGAUUUUGUGCUAGGCCUACGGGUAUAAGUUGGAUAGACCUGCUAGUGGCGACUGACAACUUUCUGAUCAUUUUGAAUAACUUAAGAUGGAGCGUUGGAACAAACUGGAGGAUGCUGAAAACGCACUUCCAAGUGAUGUGAGCUGCCUCAAACUGUUGCUUGAGUGGAACUUGCACGAGGGAAAAGGAAAGACCCAUGAAAAACUUUCACUGAGACUGCGUCAAAUUGGGAGGCAAGAUUUGGCUUCUUGGUUGGACUCAGCAGUGCUCGACGAACUUCAAGGAGAGAUAGACAAAUUGGCACAGGAGUUUUCAGAAACUCCUCAGGAACAGCUUUCUCCUGUCCAAGUGUUUGAAAAUGAUGAUUAUUUUGAGCAAACGCUCAUGAAAAAUGAUGACAUUUGGGAUUUAGUUCCGACUGUAACUAUCCUAUUUUUCAUUGCUGUUUCUAUCAUAAUUUUAACCUGUUUUUUCGCCCAAGUGAUGAAGCCUUAUAGAAUGAGUAAAUGGGAAAAAGACAAAAAAUUGAAUCAUGAAUUCAAAUAUGGAAAGGUCAUUGGGCAAUACGAAAAGUGUUACAAUAUUUGUCUUGGCACUUCCUGAACUUAUAAAAAACCCCAUCUCUCAAGUCUCAA